CUUUUCUACAGUUACAAUGAUCAUCAGCCCGUUUUGCUUUAAAUGCCUUGGAAGUGAAAGAGAAAAGCCACAACCACAAACAAAUUACAACUAGAUCAAUACCCAUCACUUUGAUUUUCCUCUAUUCUUCUUAAUUUCUUUCUCGAUCCGAAAAAAUGCUGUCCAUGCUGAACCUUUACGGCUCCUAUGGCCUUCCACUAUGUGUUUCUGCUAACACUCAGUCUCAUCAUCUCACCCUCUCCAAAGAGAUGGCUGAUCAUGAUCGCAGAAGGGAGGCUAUGAAGAAUAAGCAAAGAUCACGAGGUAGAGGAGGAGUGCAUGCAAAUCAAGCGAUGGGGAUUGAUGGAAACUGUGUGAGAGAAGUCGCAGAGAUCACAGAAGGUGAGGUUGAUGAAGAUCUAGCUUAUGUUUUGCGGGAUCUGUUCGACAUUUGUUCAUCUUGUACAGCAAAAGCUGCAUAGAUUGUUAAAAUCAUUACAAAUGCUAGCUGAAGCUUGAAAAUUUUCUUUGACUAUAGUUAUCAUCUUGAUUUCUUUUAUGUUUUGUUUUAUUUCGAUUAUAUGAAAUUAAAUAUCCAUUUAAUUAAAGGUGUAUUUUCCAUU